CUCCAUCUUCCAACAACAUCCUCCAACACUUUCAACACUUUUCCACUCUCCCAAAACCAACUUCAUCAUACAAAAUGCAGUUCUCUACUCUCACCACUGUCUUCGCCCUCGUCGCCGCUGCCGUCGCUGCUCCCCACAGCAGCGGAGGCAACAACCCCGUCUGCUCUGCUCAGAACAACCAGGUCUGCUGUGACGGUAUCCUCACCUGUCCUAUCCAGGUUCUCGGCAGCAACUGCAAUGGCAACUCUUACUGCUGCAAGACUGACGCCCCUGUUGGCGCUCUCAUCAACGUUGCUCUCCUCAACUGUGUCAAGCUCCUCUAGAGGACCAGUUGCAUUAGCAGCUCGCAGCUCUCUCUCUCUGAGUGCUAGGAUGUGCAGGAUGGGUUGAUUGGUUGGAUAAUGGGAACAUGGUGUGGAGGAUACUGACGGGGAAGGCCUCUGCUAGCUACUCCGUGUCAAUAGGGUCUUCACUUCUACUAUAACUUGGCUCGACUUAUAUACUAUUAUUUUCGAACG